AUGGGAUCUUCGUCGAGCGCGCCGGCGGUGGAAUUUGGAAGCAGUGAUGGGAAGCCGAUCAUGGCAUACACGCUGAGCAAUGGCACCAUGACGGUACGGGUCCUUGACCUGGGUGCCACCAUCUCUUCUGUCCAGGUCCCCGACUCCACGGGCAAGAUCAAGGAGGUUUGUCUGGGUUACGAUGAAGUUGCACCCUACCUUGACUGGACGACCAACCCUUACUUCGGAGCAGUGGCCGGGAGAUGUGCGAACCGCAUCGCCAAAGGCAAGUUCACGCUCGAUGGCCAGGAUUACCAGCUGGCGACGAACAAUGGUCCCAACCAUCUUCAUGGAGGUGACCGUGGUUUUGACAAGACCAUUUGGACGUGCGACGCCUCGGAUGCAACUUCCAUCACGCUUUCCUUGCUCUCGCCCGAUGGUGACGAAGGAUAUCCUGGCAACCUCCGUGCCAGGGUCACCUACUCGUUGCCGACGUCUAGCUCGUUGAAGUUGGAGUAUGAAGCGACAACCGAUGCGCCAACGCUGUGCAACCUGACGAACCACGCAUACUUCAACCUCGCUGAUGGGGGCAAUGGUGUUCAGGAUGUGUGCAAUCAUGAGAUUCAAGUAUUCGCUGACUUCUACACGCCUGUGGAUGAAACGUCCAUUCCGACCGGCGAGGUGCGGAGCGUUUCUGGGGCGAUGGACCUGCGCCAGAAGACUCGGAUCGGCACGCAGAUUCGACGGGCUGACAACGGAAUUGGGUACGACCACAACUACGUCCUGGGCCCACCAAACGAGUCGGGCCUCCGGCCAGCGGCACGGGCCUGGGAGCCCAGCAGCGGCCGCUGGAUAUCCAUGAAGACGAACCAGCCUGGGGUGCAGUUCUACACUGGCAACUACCUGAACGGCUUCGCAGGCCGCGCUGGAAAAGGUGCCUACCACAAGCACCACGGCUUCUGCCUCGAAGCGCAACAAUAUCCGGAUGCAGCCAAUCGGCCGCACUUCCCUUCAGUUGUGUUGCGACCAGGCGAAGUCUACCGACAGACCACUGUCUAUGAGUUUGGCUGCAGCAGUUCUUUUCCACAGGGUCCCAUUUGA